AUGAGCCGUUCUGUGGGAGAAACGGACCAGCAAAGACUCAUGAGUGAUGUUCCAAAUAACGGAAUCCACACUGGGGAGAAAUCUUAUGAAUGUGAUCAAUGUGGAAAGACAUUCAUUUGGAGUUCUAUACUUGUUCAACAUCAGAGAAUCCACACUGGGGAAAAACCUUAUGAAUGCAAUCAGUGUGGAAAGACAUUCCAAGGAAACUCUGAUCUUGCUGCAUGUCAGGGAAUCCACACUGGAGAGAAACCUUAUGAAUACAAUCAGUGUGGAAAGAUGUUCAGUCAGAGCUCCCAUAUUGCUAUACAUCAGAGAAUUCAGACUGAGGAGAAACCUUAUGAAUGCAAGCAGUGUGGAAAGACUUUCAGAAGGAGCUCCCAUCUUGCUGUACAUCAGAGAAUCCACACUGGAGAGAAACCUUAUCAAUGCAAACAGUGUGGAAAGACAUUCAAUAACAGAUCCAGUCUGGUUGUACAUCAGAGACUCCACACUGGGGAGAGACCUUAUGAAUGCAAUCAGUGUGGAAAAACAUUCAGUCGGAGUGAUAUUCUUGUUCGACAUCAGAGAAUCCACACUGGGGAAAAACCUUAUGAAUGCAAUCAGUGUGGAAAGACAUUCCAAGGAAACUCUGAACUUGCUGCACAUCAGAGAGUCCACACUGGGGAGAAACCUUAUGAAUGCAAGCUGUGUGGAAAGACAUUCAAUAAUAGAUCUAGUCUGGUUGUGCAUCAGAGAAUUCAUACUGGGGAGAAACCUUAUGAAUGCAAGCAGUGUGGAAAGACAUUCAGUCAGAGCUCCCAUCUUGCUGUACACCAGAGGAUCCACACUGGGGAGAAACCUUAUGAAUGCGAUUGGUGUGGAAAGACAUUUGGUUGGAGUUCUAUUCUUGUUCGACAUCAGAGAAUCCACACUGGGGAAAAACCUUAUGAAUGCGAUCAAUGUGGAAAGACAUUCAGUCAGAGCUCCCAUCUUGCUGUACAUCAGAGAAUCCACACUGGGGGAAAACCUUAUGAAUACAAUCAGUGUGGAAAGACAUUCAGUCAGGCCUCCCAUCUUGCUGUACAUCAGAGAAUCCACACUGGAGAGAAAUCUUAUGAAUGCAAGCAGUGUGGAAAGACAUUCAGUGACAGAUCCAGUCUGGUUGUACAUCAGAGAGUCCACACUGGGGAGAAACCUUAUGAAUGCAAGCAGUGUGGAAAGACAUUCAGUCAGAGCUCUCAUCUUGCUGUACACCAGAGAAUUCACACUGGGGAGAAACCUUAUGAAUGUAAUCAGUGUGGAAAGACAUUCAGGGACAGCUCCCAUCUUGUUGUACACCAGAGAACCCACACUGGGGAGAAACCUUAUGAAUGCAAUCAGUGUGGAAAGACAUUCAGGGACAGCUCCCGUCUUGCUGUACAUCAGAGAAUCCACACUGGGGAAAAGCCUUAUGCAUGCAAUCAGUGUGGAAAGACAUUCAGUCAGAGCUCCCAUCUUACUGUACAUCAGAGGAUCCACACUGGGGAGAAACCUUAUGAAUGCAAGCAGUGUGGAAAGACAUUCCAAGGAAACUCUCAUCUUGCUGCACAUCAGAGAAUCCACACUGGGGAGAAACCUUAUGAAUGCAAUCAGUGUGGAAAGACAUUCAAUAACAGAUCCAGUCUGGUUGUACAUCAGAGACUCCACACUGGGGAGAAACCUUAUGAAUGCAACCAGUGUGGAAAGUCAUUCAGGGACAGCUCCCAUCUUGAUGCACAUCAGAGACUCCACACUGGGGAGAAACCUUAUGAAUGUAAUCAGUGUGGAAAGACAUUCAGUCAGAGCUCCCAUCUUGCUGUACAUCAGAGGAUCCACACUGGGGAGAAACCUUAUGAAUGCAACCAGUGUGGAAAGACAUUCAGUCGAAGUGAUAUUCUUGUUCGACAUCAGAGAAUUCACUCUGGGGAGAAACCUUAUGAAUGCAAUUAGUGUGAAAAGAUAUUCACAAAGAACUCUAAAAGAGAAAUAGAAAACAUUAGCUACAUCAUGUAUUAUUUUUGUUAUGUUAUAUUCAAAACUAUUUGUACAAACAAAACCAAUACAACCAAGGUUAAAAGGGGAAACAAGACGUGAGAUCCAAUUGUGUUUAGGGAACCCUCUUCCAGGAUCACACAUGGGAUUUUACCUGCAACCCUAUAAUCCUAGUGACAUCAUCUAAUAUAGGUCAUUUGACUGAAUUUGAAUAGGAUGUGAUUGAUGGGGACCCAAAAGGGAGAGGGAGGAAAAAAGGUUGAAGACAAGGAAGUAUGGGCUCUUUUUGGAGGAAGCAGCAAAGAGGAAGAUGGCACAGGGAGCCAUAUGGCUAAAAGGCUUUUUCUCUUUAAUUCUCUGCCUCUACUUAUGCAAGUAAAUUCCAAUAAAGUUUUUGAAAAAUAAGGACCAAUGUCCCAAUUUUAGGUCUUAUAUUAUGGCUACCAAUACAGAGAGGAGCCUCAUUUCUCUAAGCUUUUUAUAGGUAUUUAAAAUAGAUACAAGGGCAGAUCAGCUCAGGGCAUGAGCUACCACCCACUACCUGCCUCCCACCUCAAGUAGAAAAGACUGCAGCUGCCAUUGAUUUCAGGCUUGGUUGGUCAAAAUCUUUUGCUUUUCUAAAGGGGAUAAUCCUUCUUGGAGCCAGUUUUGAGCCUCCAGGUGGCCCCAGCCUUAGCUUAGGUAGGGGCAGGAUGUUGGAGAAUAGCAGGCAAGAUUCCCCCCCUGGUACCAGCAUCUUGGUACAGACACAGCCAGUGUGCUCAGAGCAGGGUUUUGUCUCAUGUGCCCACACUUCACAGUGGGUAGCCCCCAUAGAGCUGGAACCUAAUUCAGCCUCUAAGGCAGCUCCCUAUGGAAUAUAUCAAGGGGCAAAAUCCCAGUAGGGGUCCCUGGUCCCCACCCACACUAUCCACCACCCUGAGCUGGCAGCUUCCAAAGCCUGAAACAACCGGCCAAGACAGCUGUUUCUAGCCCAGGUUGGCUUCCGUGCUCCCAGUUGUGAGGGUGGGGACUAGAGCCCUAGCCCAUAUCAGGGAUCACCCCCUCAACCCCCUGGAUCCUGACAUAUUUCUCUAGAUUCCCAGCAGGGGGUUGAUGCUCCCUGCUCCCAUCUGUGGCUAAAUGCAUAGCAUUCAUUGCAUGCCAGGACAAUGCCACCAGCAGAGUAAAAAACU